UUUGCCGGAGCAUGUGACCCCAACGGCCCAAUGGCGCACCCUCUGCUUUUUUUGUCCAGUUGUAGGGAACAGUUAAACUUGUUGUCUGUCUAGGGAGAAGCUUUCUGUGGGCCGCCACAACCACAAACCAAGUCUGCAACCGGUCAUGGCUCUCUAGGCACUAGAGACGAGCAAGAUAAAGAUAGACAGAGGGAACCAAAAGACUCUGAGAGGGGGAGGGAGGGCAGUGAGACGAAGUGUUGAUGUCACCAUGUGAAUCAGCCAAAUUGGCCGAAAAAAAAAAAAACCACAGCGACGCAUUUGUGCUUCUUCUAUUUUACACAAGGGUAAGCAUCAGUCAACCACAGGCUGACCACCGAUCGCAAUCUCUCUGAAACAUGCACAGAACUCCAGGACAGAACCGCCCGAACAACACCACUGGACCAGCACAGGGCGACCAAGUGUUCCAGGGUGUGGGGCAAAGCCGGGAACCCUUCAAAAUUUGCGAGCAGAUCAAGUUAGAGGCGUUGGAUUCGGGUGAGGAGGACGACGCUAUUCUGGAGAAGCAGCAACCGCUUGCGAUGGCCUCCAACAGCAUCUUUGAAAACUUCUCGUCCUACCAGUCUUGUUUACCAAGGGAACCUGCGCCUGGGCGACGCUUUACGCCUCCCUCGACCACCCUGAGCUCGGGGAAGAUGAAUGAGGGGUUGCCCCUGGGGGCUCAGGAGAGCAGCGGCGCCGCCCUGGUGGGCAAACUGCGUAUGGCUGACCGGAGCAUGGUAGAGGUGCUGUCGGACCACCCAGGAGAGCUGGUGCGCACUGACAGCCCCAACUUCCUCUGCUCCGUCCUGCCCACACACUGGCGCUGUAACAAGACCCUGCCCAUCGCCUUCAAGGUAGUUGCCCUCGGGGAUAUCCCUGAUGGCACAGUAGUCACAGUGAUGGCUGGAAAUGAUGAGAAUUACUCUGCAGAGCUUCGUAACGCCACGGCUACCAUCAAGAACCAAGUUGCCCGGUUUAACGACCUGAGAUUUGUCGGCCGCAGUGGAAGAGGAAAGAGCUUCACAUUGACCAUCACCGUCUUCACAAACCCUCCUCAGGUGGCCACAUAUCAAAGAGCCAUUAAGAUAACAGUGGACGGACCCCGAGAGCCACGCCGGCACCGCCAGAAGCCGGAUGAAGCUGUAAAGCCCAGUGCAUUAGCUUUCUCUGAGCAGUUGAGGCGAAGUGCCAUGCGGUGCAGUCCACACCACGGCCCCACCCACAACCCCCGCCCCGCCCUCAACACACCCCCCUUCAGCAGCCCCUCCCACAGCCAGAUUUCUGAUUCUAGACAGAUGCAAACAUCACCGUCCUGGUCUUACGAGCAGUCGUACCCAUACCUGGGUCCCAUCUCCACCCCAACCGUUCACCCAACGACACCCAUAUCACCCAGCCGCAAUGCUCUACACUGUCCUGAUCUGACCGCAUUCACCGACCCACGUGUUGGCCUGGAGCGCUCGUUCCCGUCCCUACCAUCUCUACCUGACGGGCGAUUCUCUGACCCACGUGUGCCCUACCCCACCAGCGCAUUUACCUACACCCCCACCCCCGUCACCAAUGCUAUCGGCAUUGGUAUGUCUGCUAUGACGACCCCUGCUGGCCGCUAUCACACAUACUUACCGCCUGCUUACUCCUCGGGGUCGUCCCCGGGUCAGGGUGGACCUUUUCAGGCGAGCUCUUCACCUUAUCACCUGUACUACAGCAGUGCCGCCGGGUCGUACCAAUUCUCCAUGAUGCCAGGGGGAGGUGGCGGUGAGCGCUCGCCACCACGUAUCUUACCGCCAUGCACCAAUGCCUCCACAGGCUCCGCCCUCCUGCACCCCUCUCUGCCCAAUCAAAGCGAUGUUGUCGUGGAGACCGAAGGAAGCCAUAGUAGUUCGCCAACUAGUAUGUCGGUUGAAGCCGUGUGGAGGCCAUAUUGAAAACUCAGAUGCUUUCACAGGUUGACGGACAGUCAGGUUGACCAAUAGGACAUGAACAGCUUAACAAGGUGGUUUCUGAUUGGAGCAAUGGACUCAAAGGACGGACUCUUGUUUUUCACUGCACAGCAUGAGACUCGUUUGUUUUUCUAAAUAAAAGUUGUGGAUAGUUUGUAUUAUUAUUAACAUUGUUGUUGUUAUUGUUAUUAUUAUUAUUACUGUUGUUGGUCUCGUCAUCAUUGUACAACAUUGUUCACCAGUGUCAGCCAUAUUUUUAGCACUGAUUCCUCUUCAGUCUGCCUCUGUGUCAAAUAAAACAUCAACAUGCAACGUCUGAGGCCAGAAACAUACUCCACGCAAGUACACAAGCGCAAAUGCAGAUGAGUGCACGGUUCAAUUGUACAUAUGUACUUAAUGUACGAUGUAGCGUUACUGUAGCGGUAACAAACCUCAGUACUAAAGAUGGACUGAUAAUCUGUUUGAUUUUUUUUUUUUCUCCAAAAAGCAGAAAUAAAGCAAUAUUUGAAAAUCAAUUGUUCAUGUUGUUUAUCGGACACUUAACCAUAAAAAUUAUCGUUAUCGGUUGAAACAAACAAUAUCGGUUAAUUUCUACUCAGUACUAAAGGGGGCAUUAGAGAUAACUUAUCCAUUAACAAUUAAACAAGAUGUGUUAUAAGUGUUGUGUAAAGAUUAUCUUGAACAGUUUUUGCUAAUGUCUAUACAUAAUGCAUGUUUUUUGCGUUGCUGCCGUGGCAACAAAUGUCAUUAGUAGAUAUGGGCGAUAAUCGGUUUGAUUUUUUUCAAAAAUACAAAAUAAAACUAUUUAAAAAAAUUAUUCUGUGACACUUAAUGGACUAUUAAAAACAUAACAAUUAUCGUUAUCGGUUGUAACAAACAAUAUCGGUUCAUCUCUACUCAGUAUUCAAGGGGCGAUUGGAAUUACCCUACAUAUGUGCCAUUAAAUCAGAUGUUUUAUUAUUUAGGUAAUUAGCUAUAAACAUGACGAGUGACAAGUUCACUAAAUAACUGACUUUCUCUUCUAACUGCCGGUCCACCAUGACAAUAGCUACCCUGAAAGAGAAAGCUGACCGUAAAAGUGGACAGUUUGCGCUAAUGCCCAAACAUAAUGCACGUUUUUGCGUUGCUGUAGUGGUAACAAACGUCAUUACAAGAUAUGGGCAAAUAAUCAGUUUGAUAUAUUUCAAAAAGAAGAAAUAAAGCAAUAAUUUAAAAAAAUAUCAUUUUCUGUGACGCUUAAUGGACUAUUAUAAACAUAAAAAUCAUCAUUAUCGGUUGUAACAAACAAUAUCGGUUCAUCUCUACUCAGUACUCAAGGGGGCGAUAAAGCUAACUUUGUGUUUUGUGUAAUAACAGAUGUGUUAUAACAGUUGUGUUAAGAUUCUCUUGAAAAUGUUCUGUCAUGACAGUAGUUGACCUGAAAGAGAAAACUGACCGAUGAAGUGGACAGUUUGCGCUAAUGCCCAUACAUAAUGCACGUUUUUUGCGUUGCUGCCAUGGCAACAAAUGUCAUUAGUAGAUAUGGGCGAUAAUCGGUUUGAUUUUUUUUAAAAAAUACAAAAUAAAACUAUUUAAAAAAAUUAUUCUGUGACACUUAAUGGACUAUUAAAAACAUAAAAAUUAUCGUUAUCGGUUGUAACAAACAAUAUCGGUUCAUCUCUACUCAGUAUUCAAGGGGCGAUUGGAAUUACCCUACAUAUGUGCCAUUAAAUCAGAUGUUUUAUUAUUUAGGUAAUUAGCUAUAAACAUGACGAGUGACUGACUUUCUCUUCUAACUGCCGGUCCACCAUGACAAUAGCUACCCUGAAAGAGAAAACUGACCGUAGAAGACUGUUUAUGUUAUAGCGCCACUUGUGGCAACGCUGAAAAUGCUAUGCGUACUUGUAUUGCGUAAUGAAUUGCAAUUUGACACAUUUCCGAAUGCAACAACACAUGAAUUGAUGGCGUCAAGUGUUUGCAUUAGAGUAUGUUUCAGGUCUUAAACUUUUGAGUUCUCAAAUUAGAACCAGUGAAUUUGGUGCCAGAAAUCAACACUUGAUUUGCAAAAGUCGAUAGAUGUUCAAAGACCCCGACUCACUUAGUGACAUACUGUAGCCAAGGUAGAGCACUUACUAGAACAAAACAAAGUCUUUGCCAAUGGCGAUAUGCUCUUAAGAGUUUAAACAGACAUUUGACUCUGUGCAUUUCCAGGUUUACGAGACUUUUACCCGGUCACUGCCUUUCACGGUCUUUCACUUUGCAAGAUUUACAGCGCAACAUGGUGUCUGCUAAUUCAGCUUUUCCGAUUGAUGCUCUCAUAUACAGUAAUGGUUUGGCGGUUGGCUGGAUACAAGAUGGAAGAAUCAUGUACAUCCUUUUUUGUGUAAAUAGACUGUAAAUUGCUUCAGUGGCGGUUUGAUGAUGACAUCAUUGAUUGCCUAACACACGGCACUGUCCUCAACUUCUACAAUUGUGAAAUUGGCAAAAAUUGUUGAGAUGCAGGUUAAAAUGUUUUUUGUUUUGUUUUAUUGUCCUGUUUCAUUUCUUUGGAGAAUAUAACACGUUGUUGUGAAGAAACAGCUACUUUCUAUGCUAUGUGUGGUGUCUUUAUUUAUUUUUUGUAAUAAGAGGUGUUUGCUAAGGCACUUAGUUUAAACUUACAUUGACAGAGGGUCUAAAGCUAUAUCUUGAGAUGACUCUACCCUACUUAAUGAAUAGCAGUGCACUAAAAAACAUUCAGAACACCUUUGCAAUCACAUAGCAUAUUAUAUUGUUUUUUAAGUUGACUUUAACAUCUUUAUCUUACCUUUUCCCAAAUGGUUGGCUGAUAAUAAGGGCUAUUUGUCUACUGAGCAUGUGCCAGUGUUGAACACACCCUCCAGUGUCUAUAUAUUAUUCUCGACCCAGGAAGAAUUCGUGCAGACAAGCCCCGACCUGCCCUCUGCCUGCAGAUACUACACAGAUAAAGGGAUCUCUCUCUUUCUCUUUGUCUGU